AACUAAAAGUAACAAAUCAGAAUGAGCAGAGGAGGGAGAAAAAUAGGGUAAAUUCUCUGAAUCUUUCCUAAUGAAGAUACAUUAUGAUAAUAGAGGAUAAAUAUACAGUAGUGAAAAACAGGACUAAAAACAAAUGACCCGAAGUUGUCAUUUCUGGGAUUGAGUCUGAUUUGAGUUGGGGUUGGAAUUAGGGGAGAGACUUUUUGUUUUAAAAUUUUUCUUGAAUUUAUACAAGCAUGUGGCCAAAUGAUUCUAUGAAGAUUGUUACAAAAAUUGGGAGACCCGGGUCCCCUAUCUCCUUGAUAUAUCCCUUCCCAGGGGCAUUUGCUUUCUUUUGAAAGAUUCUUUUGAUGUUUAUAUCUCUAGGAAACAAUGUUCUAUUUCUCCUUCUUGCAUGUUGACAUCUCGCUUAUUGAAAAGGAUAUAACUCUCCCUCACUGUUGCACGCAUCCUUCCCAUUCCCCCGACUUCCCCAUGUAACCUCCCGUGUUAGUGUCUGUAGAUCUUUCUUUCAGAUUAGUAUGAUUCCUCAGAGCGUUCUUCCAAUGUAAACCUCUGGUCUUCUGAGUUGGGGAGAGUAUCUAGGAAACCGAAUUCUUAAAUUGACUUUUAAUCAGUCUUAUAUUAGCUUGGCAGAGAGACGUUUUUAUUUUGUAACCUCCUAUGAGGUUUGAAUUUUUUGAAACCAUUUCUUGUAACACUUUUAUAAUUACAGUGUUAUUUUUAAAAAUAUUAAAUCUUAAUUAUGCAGCUUGUUUAACAAUUAUUUGAAUGUAGUGGUAGUGUUAUCACCAUGUACAUUUCUAUCUUUUUACUCUGGCUCCAGUAUAUUUUACACUAAUUUCAGUUGCCUGAGAACAAAGGCUGUGCUGUUUGGUAGUUUUUUGAUUUAUUGCAACAGCUUAAUUUAUUUACCACUUGGUGAGGAAUGGCUGAUUGGAUACUUGUUCAUGUACAAUGUUCACCAUAAAUAGUUUUAUAGUCUUUUUUAUAACUCUUAGAAGUUCAAACUGAGAUACCAAUAGUAUGAGCCCUCUUUUUGAAAAAGAUUGUGUUCAUCAUUGAUAAUCAUCAAUAAUCCUUAAAUUUUCUGAAAUUUAUGACUACUUUGAUUAGAUUAUAUUGUGCUAUAGAUGGGUAUUACAUGGUGUGGAAUGUGUUGAGUAAGUGUUCACCUGAAAAGUUUCCCAGAAACAAAUUUUACCUCUUAGAAACAUGGAAGGAAUAAUGUGUAUUUGUGGAAUGUCUCUACCAAUGUACUGUGAUAGCUUUUCUGUGAACUUUGAGGAUGAACAUGUUUUGGAAAGUCUUUCAGUAGAGGUGCCAAAAAACUGAUGAUUAAGUGGGGGAAAACUUGUGUCUGUUCAUGUUUUAGCUUAUGCUCAGCAACAUGUAGAGGUGUGACUUUGAAAGCUAAGCUAAUUGCACUUUCCAGUCACCAAACGCUGUAUAGGAGUCUGUGAUGUUAGAGUAUGCAGAAAUCCACAACCUGCCCUGCCUAUUCCGAAACACUUGAUUCCCUCAUUAGGCCAUUGCUUAAGUGGAUCAUCGGGAAUAAGAUGAAUAAUCUUUCAUUUAGUGAGCUAUGUUGCCUCUUCUGCUGUCCACCUUGUCCAGGGAAAAUUGCUUCAAAAUUAGCAUUUUUGCCACCUGAUCCAACUUACACGCUAAUGUGUGAUGAAAGUGGAAGCCGCUGGACUUUACACCUAUCAGAGCGAGCAGACUGGCAGUACUCUUCUAGAGAAAAAGAUGCCAUUGAGUGUUUCAUGACUAGAACCAGUAAAGGCAACAGAAUUGCCUGCAUGUUUGUGCGUUGCUCGCCCAAUGCCAAAUACACUUUACUCUUCUCACAUGGAAAUGCUGUUGAUCUUGGUCAGAUGAGCAGCUUUUACAUAGGACUGGGAUCACGGAUUAAUUGUAAUAUAUUCUCAUAUGAUUAUUCUGGAUAUGGUGCAAGUUCCGGGAAACCAACGGAGAAGAACCUCUAUGCAGACAUAGAAGCUGCUUGGCUUGCUCUUAGGACAAGAUACGGCAUUCGCCCUGAAAAUGUGAUUAUAUAUGGCCAAAGCAUAGGGACCGUACCGUCUGUGGAUCUUGCCGCGCGGUAUGAGAGUGCUGCUGUUAUCCUUCAUUCUCCUUUGACCUCGGGAAUGCGAGUUGCUUUUCCUGAUACCAAGAAGACCUACUGUUUUGAUGCAUUCCCAAACAUUGACAAAAUCUCUAAGAUAACCUCUCCAGUAUUAAUAAUUCAUGGGACUGAAGAUGAAGUCAUUGACUUUUCACAUGGCCUCGCAUUGUUUGAGCGUUGCCAAAGACCUGUGGAGCCUCUGUGGGUUGAAGGGGCAGGUCACAAUGAUGUGGAACUUUAUGGACAGUACCUUGAAAGGUUGAAACAGUUUGUGUCACAGGAACUGGUCAAUUUGUAAAAUAUUCUGUAAAUUUGCAUACUGGGUUUUCUUUUCUUGCUGAACUGCACUCUUUGGUAAAUAACAUAAAACCUGAAGGUUUUGUUUGCAAAUCAUGUCAGUUGCCUUCAUAAAUGUACAGGUAAUGAUUUGUUAACAGACUUAAUGAAGGUUUUAAUUACCAGAACUAGAAACUGGAAAUAACAGUAUCAUGCAGUCAGGCUGUGUAAUUUAUAUUUUUUCUGUGAAUUUUUUUUUUAAACAUCAAAAUGAGUACUGUAUGAAAUUUUAAUUCUAUAAAAUCAAAUGCUGUAAAAGUAUUGCUAAAUGCUUUUGCAUAUCAGAAACAAAUUUAUAAAUAUUUUUAAAACAUCUCAAUGUACUAAAUCUUAUCCUGGUAUACAAAUGUAAUAUUCUUUCAAUAAAAAGCUGUAUAUCAAAAACAAUUCAAGUACUCAGAAUAAAUUGUAAGAAAAUACGCAAGUUCAUAGAGAUGACCUAAACCCUGUUGUACAGGGAUAGAGGUUUAAAUGGUUAUUUUAUUGUAAAAUACAUUGAAUUUUCUGUAUUCCCUCAUUACCAUACACUUUCUCCUUUAAAAUAAUUAAGUCUUUAAUUUCUACACCAUCUGUUAAUUUACCAACUAGUUACCUUGUAAAUGAGAAGUCAUGAUAGCACUGAAUUUUAACUAGUUUUGAUUUAUAAGUUUGGUACUGUGAGGCAACUACUUAAAAUGUUCAUUUUAGUUACUUAAAAGGCAUUUAGAGCUUCGAGAAUGAUUUCAUAUGCAAUGUUGUUUUAAAUUUUGACUAAUCUCAUAGAAUUGAAGUACUCUUCAUAAUAAGAAAAUCUGAAAGUCCAUUAGAUGUUCUUCAAGACCACAAACAGACUGGCUAUUUGGUCCCUUUUCACUUUGGCUGUUUUUAAGAAUAGGACCUAUUGUUUUGGAUUACUAUCUGAGAAUUUCUUAGAUUCACUCCUGGAUGCAGGAGAUAAGAAAACAUUUAAUUCAUAACUUUUAUAUUAACCAAUGUAGUAAAAAAUAAAGCUCACACAAAAACUAAGUUGCCUUUCCUUGAAUGAAUCCUGCCUGAAUAAAACAAUGAAAGAAAAAUAAAAAUAAAAUUAACGGUAUGUAGUCUAAUUUGUAAAUGAAUGAAUAUUGAAAUAAUACACACUGUGGAUAUAUUUUAAGGCCUUAUGUAGUUUUAAUUGUUCUGCUUGUUCUGUGGUUAUGUCUAAGACUAUAGUAUAUGAUUCUCUUCAAAGUAUAUCAAGUAUUGUGAAUGCUUUGGUUCAGAUGUGUCAAAUUAACAGUAAAACAACAAGUAUACCACUCA